UAAAGUCACAUGAUCGCCCGAGUGACAGUCAGGAAGAAAGAUGGCGAUAUUCAGUGUGUAUGUUGUCAAUAAAGCUGGUGGACUCAUUUACCAGUACGACAAUUAUGUACCUCGAGCUGAAGUGGAAAAAACCUUCAGCUUUCCGCUUGAUUUAGUGUUAAAGAUUCACGAUGAGAAGGUUGUCGUGUCAUUCGGACAGCGGGACGGAAUCAGAGUGGGUCAUGCAGUUCUGUCCAUUAACGGCGUGGACGUGAAUGGUAAAUUCACGGCGGAAGGGAAGGAGAUCCAGGAGUAUCUGAGAGAUCCUGCAAACUAUCCAGUGUCCAUCAGAUUCGGCAGACCGAGACUCACUUCAAACGAGAAACUCAUGCUGGCCUCAAUGUUUCACUCGCUCUUUGCUAUUGGAUCACAAUUGUCACCAGAAGUUGGCAGCUCUGGCAUUGAAAUGCUGGAGACAGAUAUGUUCAAACUGCACUGCUUUCAGACUCUCACAGGUAUAAAGUUCAUUGUAUUGGCAGACCCUCGACAAUCUGGAAUCGACGCCCUGCUUCGAAAGAUUUAUGAAAUCUACUCAGACUUUGCACUAAAGAACCCGUUCUACUCUUUAGAGAUGCCUAUCAGAUGUGAACUUUUUGACCAAAACCUAAAGAGUGCCCUGGAAAUAGCAGAGAAAGCGGGAACGUUUGGAUCCGGGUCCUAAAUUGAACUUGAAUUGAAUAUGUUCUGCGGUCAUGCGUGUCCAGAAAUACAGCAUAAGUACUGUAUUUCCAUCAACCUCUUAAGGAAAACAAACAAGACUUUUUCACAAGCUCAAAUAAUUCAACACUGGUUAGCUUUUUUUACACUGUUCCUGAAAUUAAGUCUAAAAUUUACAGCGAGAAACUUUUUUCACAUUAGCUGUGUAAAUACUGUACAUGGACGCAGUUUAAGUUUGCAGUGUUCAUGCAGAACCUCGAAAGAAAAUGGUGCAGCUCAACAAAUGUUCAUUGAAGUAUGUUUAUUACCAUCUGCACAAGUAUCAUGGAUGUGACAUUUCUGUUUGUAUGUGUAAUUUACUUCCUCUUAGCAGAACAUGAAAAGACUGUUCCUUGGAUCUGUAGUUUGGGUCCAACGUGCUUAAAAGGAGAGUAUUUUAAUUCUGUCAUCAUUUACUUCAUGUUGGAAAAUGGUAACCAUUGACUUCCAUAGUAUUUGUUUCUCCUACUAUAGAAGUCAAUGGUUAUCGUUUUCAGCAGUCUUCAAAGCAUAUUCUUUUGUGUUUAACAGAACAAAAAACCCUCGAACUGGUUUGGAAUACGUCAAUGGUGAGUAAAUUAUGACAGAAUUACAUUUUGGGUGGGUGAACUAUCCCUUUUAGUUAAAAAGAGGUCAAACAAUGAUGACAGUAAAAUCUUUUCUUUUUUAAUUUAUUACAAACAUUGUGUUAUUAAACAUUCAUGUGAUGUAA